GGCGUUGUAGUCUGAGCAGAGAGGACUACCUUUUCUCAACAAAAAAAAACAUUACACAUUUAACACACUACACACUCUACACUUUCUGGGAACACCAUGAACCGCAUCUUGGAAGAGGUCAUCCACGAGAAUUCCCCGAUCGUGGAAAGGAUUAUAGCCGAGCACACUGCCGGCUACGUGGUCGCCGACAACAUGGCCAACGCCGUGGCCGAGACCUCCUUUGACAACACCAGUGCCCAGGCGAUCGUGAAGCACCUCAACGGAACGCUGGUGCCGGCCUGCCAGAGUGUGGUCCGGGACCUGGACCCCACCAACAAGCUCACUUACAUGCGUGUGGCUACCCGCAAGUUCGAGUACCUGAUAGCCCCCGAGGAGUACUUCACCAUCACCGUUGUCCAGUAAUCGGAGAAGAUCCGCAAUAGCUUUGAGACUCUUCACUCGACAAGGUCGUUU